UUUAGAUUGUUUUUUGAGCCUUUUGAAUUACAGGGACACAGGAAGUGUCCAUAAACCAUCUUUACAUUACCAUGUCAUUUGUCAUUAUAUACAUUUUUGUUCUCAUAAACCACCUAAACCAGCACACACACAUAAUAUCGGUAUAUAAGCAUGUACUGUCCAUAAUAACAAUCAUAACAAACUGAUAACAAUCAUCCCGAGUCUCUCCUCUCAUCAGAUUGAGAAUAUUACAAUCUCUUUGUUUGUCUGUCUGACAGUUUGUCAGAAUAAAAUUGAGAGAGAGAAAGUGUCUAUGAAGCUGAUCUUACUGAAUUGAACAAAGAUAUGAAAACAAACAAAAAACUCUCGUUGUCAGCUGUUUGUUUUCUACGGAGCCCCGCACAUGACAUGCAAUAAAAAAAUAAUAAAUUGUGCACACGAUUACUAUUUUGUUCCCUCCAUUUAUAAAGCGUGUGCACGAUUUAGCCUACUAUUAUGUUCCUGCAUGGCCCCAUAGUUUUCAGACUGUAUGUCCCUGUUGUUUUUAGUUCUCUCUAUUUCAGUUUCUCUGAGUCACAUCUGAGGAUAUGUAUUAUUGGACGUUCUGCAUUCUUGUAAAACCAGAUGACUGCCAGACGUGGGAGACACAAUUCAGAAAACUUCACAUUGUAAAGAGCCAGAAUGUACGGAGAUAACUUUUGCCUGUCUCUGUGUGUAAUAUAUCUUAUAUUUUGUUAAUUCUCAAAGGGAGCUCGAUGCACUCAAACUCAAAAGAAUCUGCUGUCAUUUGUUUUUCACUAAACAUGAUCUCUCUCACAAGCCCAUCUGACAGCUAACCAGUUGAAAAAGAAAAUCUCGUGAAUGAGGAUGUUACUGGAGGUUCUGCAUUCUUGUGCUACUCUUAAAAGAAAAGACACACUGAAGUCAAGACACAAAAUCUAUUAAGACUCCAUGACAGCAAGAACACAGAAAACAUCAUUCAGAGAAAUGAUUCACUUGAGGAUCCAGAAUACAAUGUUUUAUGAAAGGAAGCUCAACUCACACACUCAUCUGCAGCUUCAUCUGUGUAUUUGCAGUGCUGAUAGAUAAAGUGAGUCUGCAGGUCACAGUAGAGGCUGUUAUCGGUGGUUCUGUUGUCCUGCCGUGUUCUUCAGCUGAACAUGAUCUUAAACUUCAAGACAUUGAUGUGUUUUGGAGACACAAUGGCAGCAAGAUUGUGUUUGAUAUAAUCAAGGGUGAAGAUUCACUAGAGAAUCAGGGCCAAUGGUACAAGAACAGAGCUGAAACUUUCCCUGAAGAGUAUGUGAGAGGAAACUUCUCCAUCAAACUCUCUGGUCUCACUCACGCUGAUGCUGGAAAAUACAUCUGCCUCAUCACCCCCUCAGAUGAACAGGAGACAGUAGAGCUGAUCAUCAACGACUUUUUGGUUGCAGAAACAACAACAGAAAAAGGAAACAAAUCCACUGAUCAAGAAACCAGACCAGACCGUGUCGAGAAAUCGUGGCUUUGGAUCCUGGUUGUCAUUCUUUUAACCAUAAUACUGGGUUUACUUUUCUUUCUAAUUAUCUUUAGAAAAAAGAAAAAAGCAAGCUGCUUUAUGUCAUGUGAACAUGGCCUGGGUUCAGACGCUCAUGAGGUUGUGAGCCCUGUCCCAUGUUAUAAAUCAGUAACUGCUGAUGAUCGUGAUGAAGUAGCAGAUGUGCAGCUUGGCGCACUGACAGCAAUUACAUGAGCUUUCGCGCUAAACAAGGAGAAAAAAGGAAACGGGAACAUUUUUAGCUGAGGUUAAAGGAAAAUGAGGCUGUCAAUAUGAUGCUGCCUUAACAGUUCUGUACUGCAAGUGUUAUAUAUGUAUAUAUGUUAAUAUGUAGUGAACAUAUUCAUACUGAAAAUGUAUUAUUUUGUUCAAAUCUGCUUCAGUAUUCUCAAGUAUUUACAGAGUAUUGUGUUUCAUUGUAUACUGAUUGUAUACUUUAAGACCCAAUAAAA